AUGGACUUUUUUGGCCAGCGCGGCAAGCCGUCGAGGCCCGGCCAACGCCCUGCCUCGAUUGUCACAACUACAACCACAACAGCUCGAGUGCAAACAUCUCAGAUACCUACAACACAUAAAAAACCACCUCUUGCGCGACACAAUGCAUUACCAGAUGCUGUGAAAAAGCGCAUCGAGCGUGACCGGAUAGCGGCACACAAAGCGACCGGAAAUGAUGCCAAUAAUACGCACACUGUGCGCGAUUCGAAUAGCAUGCAAGCUACAUAUGAACAGCCGAAAAAACGAGCGAAAACAUCAUCAGCGCCACGUGAGCGCACUAAUCGGUUUCGCCGUUCUCCUAUCAAGGAAGAUGACGACCACUCCGAUGACGCUAGUGGUUCGAAUCUGGAACACAUCACCCACAAAACACGUCCUAUACCAUCUCGAUCAAAGUUUGAAUACCAUGUUCCCCGUGAGAUCCUCGAUGUCCCUGGCUACAACCCCCUUUCCGAGGAAGUGCGUGUGAAUAAGGCGCCAACUAUAAGCAGCCGCGCUCUGGUCGAGGCCUCUGGUGCUGAAUACGAACUUUGUACGUGUUCUAUUCUUGACAUUGCUAACGACUUGUUUUGGGGCUGCACAGACUUUGAGAAUCUUGAUCGCGACACCGUUGUGAUACUUGAAUAUCCAGCAUCUGAAGCCGUGGAAGAAUUCACACUUCUUGUACCGAAGGAGGUUGACGAAUAUGACCCAAUCUCAGAUUUGCUGAGUGCCGUGGGUGUCAUGGUCGCACAUUACGUGCCGUCAGACAUGCAAGCUGAGUUUGGCUCACUGGAAAGCCUGGAAACAAGCAGCAACGCAGGGAUGCCGCUAAAAAAAACGGUCGGCGCCUCGCUUCCCAUGAAAAAUGCUGGUGAAUUUGAUCAUGCAUCACCACCACCUCUGGAUGAUGAGCCUAUCCUUCGUGCUUUCUCAAAAGCGCGAAACCGCCGGAACGGGCCACUAUUUGUUCGCACGCUUGACCGCUUCAACGCGAAGAUGCGACAGUUGAAAAAGGACGGCAUUCUUGCUGCUCAUGUUCAGUGGCUCGGCCAAACACAUGGCGUGCCACAACAUGUGUGGCGCAUUAUCCAAGAACAGGUAUAUGCGCGAGUUGUCGCGCCGCAUGUCGGUAAACUGAAACAAUAUGAAGCCUUUUCUGAUCAUGUGUAUGGAGAAAUGCUUCCGCCUUUUCUAAGUGAGAUUGCCCGUGUCGCCAACAUGGGUCCAUCGUCGGUCUUUGUGGAUUUGGGCAGUGGCAUAGGCAACUUGCUUGUCCAGGCUUCGCUGCAGACAGGUUGUGAGGCAUAUGGCUGUGAAUAUAUGCAGGUUCCCAGCGAGCUCGCUACGCGGCAGAUCAUGGAAGCGACGCAUCGCUGGCGCAUGUGGCUUUUAUGCGGCGGCCGGCGGCUCGAAGCGUGGCAUGAAGACUUUACGGACUCAGAACAUGUGAGAAAUGUGUUGCGACGCGCUGAUGUCGUGUUGGUAAAUAAGUGA